UUGUAGUCCAACAAGUUGGGGAACAAUUAGAUGGAUGCACUAGUUCCGUAAAAGUCUUAUACAUCCGGAGUGAAAGGUUACAGAAAUGGCGUCCUCCACCGAAGCAGACGGCGUGAGUGCUGCUACCACAGGGAAAAAGCCGAAAAAGACUAAAAACCAAGUUGAUGAGUCGGAACUUCUGACGGUGCCCGAAGGAUGGAAGGAGGCCCCUUUCACGAAAGAAGAUAACCCAAGAGGUUUACUGGAGGAGAGCAGUUUCGCCACUCUCUUCCCAAAAUAUAGAGAAGCGUAUUUGAAAGAGUGUUGGCCCCUCGUCCAGAAGUCUCUGGGUGAUUUACAUAUCAAUGCAAUCCUCGACUUGAUCGAGGGCAGCAUAACUGUCAAGACCACCAAAAAAACCUUUGACCCAUACUCUAUUUUACGAGCAAGAGACCUGAUUAAGUUGUUGGCCAGAAGUGUACCAUUUGAACAGGCUGUACGGAUUCUGGAGGAUGACGUGGCAUGUGACAUCAUUAAAAUCGGUACUUUAGUGAGAAACAGAGAACGCUUUGUGAAAAGAAGGCAAAGGCUCAUAGGCCCUAAAGGGUCUACACUAAAGGCCCUGGAGCUUCUGACAAACUGCUACGUCAUGGUGCAGGGGAACACAGUGUCAGCCCUGGGACCUUACAGAGGCCUUAAGGAAGUCAGGAAAGUGGUCCUGGACACAAUGAAGAAUAUUCACCCAAUUUACAACAUCAAGACGCUGAUGAUCAAGCAAGAGCUGGCGAAGGACGCGGAGCUGCGGACGCAGAGCUGGGAGCGCUUCCUGCCCAACUUCAAACGCAGGAACCUGACCAAGCGCAGGGAGCCCAAGAAGAAGACCGCGAAGAAGGAGUACACGCCAUUCCCUCCUCAGCAGCCGGAGAGCCAGGUUGACAAAGAAUUGGCAACUGGAGAGUUCUUCCUCAGAGAAAGCCAAAAGAAGAGGAAGAAGUUGGAGGAGAUCAAGGUGAAGCAGGCUGAAGCUCUGACAAAGAGACAGGAAGAGAGGAACAAGGCCUUUAUUCCCCCGAAAGAGAAGCCCAUGAAGAAAGCCAAAAAAGCGCCCACUGAAGGGAAGAUCGAUGUGGAGGCCAUCAAAGAGAAAGUAAAGAAAGCGAAGAAUAAAAAACUGGGGGCUCCUCCAGUUAACCCCGAAUCUCAGACCGCUGCUGCCGGUGGCAAGAAAAGGAACAAAAAGAACAAAGGGUGACCGGAUUUCCCUCUAUAAACGGACACGGCGGUGUGGGGACUCCUAAGUUUCAGGACUGAGCUUGUUUUUAUACGAAAUGCUGUACAAUACACAUGUUUUUAUUGAUCUGAGAUUGUGUUUUCAGUGCUGAACGGGACCGAGGUGGCCUCUGGCAAAACCCUGCCCACGUAGUUGCGCACACGAGCAAUUAAGUGUAGUAAGUUCUGCCAAAUUUGUCACUGGAA